AAAAACAGCAACGGGCUAAGCCGAAAAAGAAUCAGCUUGAGAAAGAAGAAGGAAGUGUUUUGUUUCUUUACAGUUGGAUGUUUACGAUUUUCAGCUGUUUUGACUUUAAAUCAUCAGAUUUCUAGGACCCAGAAGAAAGCGCACAAUGAACCUGGAACGACUGCCCAACGAGGAGAAACUCGGCCUGUGCAGAAAGUAUUAUUUAGGUGGCUUUGCAUUUCUCCCAUUCCUAUGGCUGGUUAAUGUUGUUUGGUUUUUCCGGGAGGCCUUUGUAAAGCCAACUUACACUGAACAGGAUCAGAUAAAAGCAUAUGUGAAGCGGUCAGCACUGGGAUUGCUGUUAUGGAUAGCUGUACUCACCACAUGGAUUACAAUUUUCCAGCACUACAGAGCACAGUGGGGGGCAGUGGGAGAUAACCUCUCCUUUACCAUUCCUCUGGGCAUUCCUUGAGAUGUCUCUUCAAAUAACUCAUAAUCUACUAUAAUGGACCAAAACUUUUCUUUCUCGAGCUAAAGAGAACAAUUUUAGUGUUCUAGUUUCUGGGGCUUAAUUCAGUGACAAAAUGAUGUUCAGAGCAAUCAAUUUUCAUCCAGUUUGUUUAGCAUACUUAACAUUUUUUUCUCUUGAUUCCUAAUAUUUUUGUUAAUAUUUGUAAUUGUGCUCCCAAAAACAAGUGUAACAAUAAAAACGUUUUACACACUCAA